UUUUGCAAAACCGUAAAACUCUACAAAUCCAAGGACAUGAGUUGGAAAUUCAGCCUUUUUCUGCUGUGCCUUGUACUCUCACAAGGAGCAUCGGAUCCCUUGGCCGACAUUCAUAAGCAAGUGACGGAUAAGCUAAAGACUUUUCUGGAGAAUUUCACUGGUCAUUGGCAGGACAACACAGAGUUUCUCAACUGGAUUUCAAGAAUUCGUUCGGCAGUGAGAAAUAACAAGACUGAACUAGCCGACAAAUUCGCCAUUCAAUUUGGCUUUGAGGCGUACAAUAUUGAACGCUCGAUCUUGGAGCUACAAAUCUCGGAUCGUAUCGAGGAAUUGGAUAGCAUUAUUCCGCAGCAGAAAGUUGAGAAAUGUUUGGAGUUUUAUGUAAAUCAAAGAACCAUUCUCAAAAAAUCUCUGAAGCAAUCGAAUGCGAAGAAAUUGGAAAAGUUUUCGGCAAACUCGAUCUCUUGCCCGUACUAUCAUUAUGAAUAUCUCGACUACUUGAAGAUACUGGAUGGAAUUCAAACAAGGCAGAAAGUCCUUUAAUUAUCCUUUAGGCCCUUUAAAAUGUAUUUUUUUGGCCUUUCAUAAAUAUCACAGAGAAGUGAUAAAUAAAUAGUGUGCAUUCCAA